AUGUAUGAGCAAGCACUGCUCACGCACCAAGAACACAACAAGCAAUGGGGUUACCAGCACUUUAUCCAAAGGCGAGGAGAACUAGGCCCAUGGUCAAAACACUCAUACAUACUCAAACUGCUCGUUGACGAACUAGAAAAGUCCCCCUCACAACGCCUCGACUGGCUCUUCUGGCACGACGCAGACGUCCUCCUCAUGAACAACCACAUCCCUCUCGAAGCCUUCCUCCCACCACCAACCGAACCCUGGGCGCACGUCAACUUCCUCGCCUCCAACGACCUUCUCGGCCUCAACAUCGGCGCCUUUCGUAUCCCUACUUCCGAUCCCAAGCCCCGCCUAUGGCACGACGAGCAAGGUCCCCUAAACAUGCUAGCCACCGAGAAGAAAUUCAAAGACAACACCAUCCACGUCCCUCAGAGCUGGUUCAACCCGUACCAGAACUCCGGCCACGACGCAGACGACGACGACAACGACGCCUCAAUCCCUCUCCAAGGGAACUGGCGCCUCACCUAUUUCGAACCAGGCGAUCUCCUCGUCCACUUCCCCGGCACAAAAGACACCAGAGAACAACUCAUGCAAGAAUACAUCGACCGCCGCGCCGCAAACUGGAACAUCUAUAACCGGCCCCUGAACGAGACGAGAGCAUUCGCGAACAUUACGCAUUUCUGGCAGGAAGACGCGAAACGCGAAUCGAAGCGCCAGCUGGACUACUGGCGCGCCUAUCACAUUGUAUGCCACGACGUCGGACCGGGAGAAGCCAUGAUCACGAGGAAUGGAAUUAAUGAGAUCAAGAGUAGUAUGGAGGGGAAUUCUACGCAAAAGGAGAUCGACGAUGCUAUCAGACACUAUACGGCUGCAAGAAUCGCGCCGAAGAGAGAGUCGUAUAGAAAGGUGUGGAGGGAGAUGCUAUUGGGCACUAGACCGGAUAAGACCUAUCCUUUUUAA